AUGAAUGCGUUUUUAAAUUCAAGCCAAAUCUCAUCUUUUAUAAAUAUUCGAGUCUUGGACCUUGGUGGGACCAUUAACGCUUGCGGCGUGGAUUCUGAAUGGCCGAAAAUGGACAACCUUGAAGAAUUGUAUCUCGAGGGAGCUCGUGGACUAAGCUCUGGAAACUUCCUAAAAAAUAUUCUUGUCAAUUGUCCAGCUCUCAAAACAAUCGACCUCGAGGGUACGGACGUCGAUUCGGGUGUAAUGGUUACAUUAGGCUCAUUUGCAGUCUACCUAGAAAAUGUGUUCCUUGGUUUCACCGAGGCACGAGAUGACUCGUUCUAUUUACUGGGUCAGCGCAAUUUGAUUUUUCGAUUUCUCGAAGUGUUGUGUCUAGCGGACACAUCGGUGACACAAUAUGGUCUUAGCCAGCUUCGUCGUUAUGCUCCGAAACUUCGUGAAGUAACCGUUAAUCGCAACAGGGUUUCAGAGGACGCUCAGCGAGACGUUGUUCUUUCACUGCGUGUGCAUAGGGUAUGCAAUGUACACAUUGGUGCUCUGUUUCGAAAUAAGGGAUGUGAGCAUUUCAAGAUGGCUUACUCUAGAAGACAUACCCCUAACGCUGCCGCUGUUACCCGAAUAACAGUUCCGACGAAGUAA